CUGCCGUUGUCGUCGCUGUCGCUGUCGCUGUUGCUACCGCUCAAAGAGGAUCCCGCCAUCUCCAUCUCCACGCGCCUGGCCCAGGCGUCGUUGCAAACUCAUCUUCCACGACCUGACCCGCACUCCACCGUGCCCCAUGCAUUCGCGAAUCCUCGCCUUGCUACGCUAUCGCAGCAACCUUCAUACCCCGGCGCUUCGCCCGACCUUGAACGUCCAGUAGCCGCUGCCGGCCUGUCUCAGGGCCGCAGUCCCUCCUUCCUUCGCAAUUACGAUCCCAAGGAUUAUUUCACCCAGUCUCCCUUUCGGAAUCGUGCAGCCUCGUCCGCCGCCCGCCGACUACCGCAUCUAUCAGCUGCUCGUCUCUGGAACCCCACGAACUCCACCCCAAGGCUCCCCGACAAGACUAUCCGUAAACGACGUCCAUCGACACCGCCUCCUCCCACCGUUCCUCUAUCCCAUCCGACAAUCGAUCCAUACUCCGUCGACCCGUCUGACCCCUUAGGCAUCGGCGCCGGCGACUACCCGCUCUUGACCCUUCCCGAACAACGUCAGACCAGACAUUCCGCCUCUAAUCGCACAAGCCUGCAAGUCGACCGAAACGCCGAGCAUCGCAUCAGUCUCCCGAGAUCGCUUCGCCAUUCUUACGACGGACGGAGAUCCGCUGACCCUUCACCCACGUUCCCUGUGGACACCGACCAAGGCCCGGCCGACAUUCGGCCAGACACACCCGAACCACCGGUCGAAAUCCGAGUCACUGGGCUACGAAAGCGAGGCCAAAGCGUUUCAAACCCUCUCGUUCGAGACUUCGCAUAUAUCGACGACAAAGGGAAAGGAAAAGCGGUCAUGGAGUCAAGUGUCGAUGCCCAUGCGCGAGACGCGUCCAAGGACUUGGAGCGGGGGCCUGAUGUGCUUCCACGCCUCUCCAACGUGUCAGCCGGCGAUGGCAUCGGUUCGGCUAUUUCGUCGUCAAAUUCGUCCAUAAUGGGAGAGGAAUUACCACCAGAUCUUGGCGAGGAAUGGGGUCCUCAGCAUCCAUGCUUUCCUCACUUGAACCCGCACGUCCCUGUCGACUCCCCCGAGUUCCAAAACACUCGCAUCAUUCGCAUACGUCGAGAUUGGUUGUUGGAAGGAGACCUCGCGCCGACGUUCUCCAACCUGUACCCUGAAAUUCUGGAUCCAGCUGGUUUGUCGGAGCAAGAAUUCCGCAGGAUUAUCGACAAGCUUAACGGUGAGCUCGUGCCCAUCUUUAGCCCGUACAACUGGAGGAACGUGGUGGACGGCGUUUUGGGACUGGUGACAGGGUGGUUGUGGGACGAUCUGGGCUUCACUGGCGUCAAGGCUCGGCUGAAGCGCCUGGAACGCUGGGUUGACCAGUGGAACAAGGAGAUGGAGAAGACGAUUGGCAACGACGACACAUCGAUGGCACCGCACAUAAUAUCACUGAGGCGGACGGGCUACAUGACCCUGGACAUUCAAAUCCCUGAUCCAGAGAUUGCCCCGGCGCCCAGCACCCCGGCAGGGUCAGGUCAGAUGCCCAUGGAGCCUCCGGCCGCCGUCACGGCAUAG